CCACUCCCUUGGCUCGGGUCGAGUACUGGUCCACCUGACUGGCCCUCCUCUCCUCAUUCCCAGCCUGCAGAGCAAACAGCAUGGACUGAUAACUCUGUGCUGGAACUUUACGACACAGCUUCAACAACACAGAAGCACCUGCCCGAUGGAUCCGGAGGCUUAGUCAAACUGGAUUUUCAGUGAAGAGUCAUGCCGUCGCACCGCAGAGGACGGAGCCUCUCUGAGGCACUGACCCUGGAGCAAUUAGAGGAGGGAGGAGUGGUCAUUUCCAGCAUCAACAACAGUGUCUCAUCCAACCGGGAGCUGAAGGAAGGGGAUGAAAUUUUGGGAGCAACGAUAAAUUUUGAUCAACUGUCCAAAGAGGAGGUGUUAAAAGUACUGAAGCUGAUGGAGCCGUUUAAUGACAAGAUCCAAGUCCUCACUCGGAACAACCUGAGCAAGAGCCUCGGAAAUCUGGACCAGUGUGCAAAGACUCCUGAGGCAAUGCUGAACGAUUCCUACAACAAACUCUACAAUGCCAAAAUCAGGAGGUUUAUGAAGGGUGAGUUGCCUGAUACUGAGGAAGGGUAUGUGAACGGGGAAGUUACUGGCAAGCCAACAGUACCAGGCUCAUCCAAGGUCAACCUAAAACAUGACAUGGGCUUGCCUCGCCUCGGAGUUGACUUUGGACUUCUGAAAUCCAAGACUUUGAGCACUGACAAUAAUGCUAAUUCACAGUUUGUCACUGGAGAAUUAACAGAUGGCAGCAACCUGAACCUUCCACCGUUUGGUCUUGGCUUGAAUGGGACUUCUCUAAAUGAAGCUCAGGAAUCAAGACUAAAACUUGAUGCUGAAAGUCCACAGCUUAACACUCCAGACCUCCAUCUGUCUGGGAGAUUACCAAAGGAUCCAAAUAUUAAUGCUACAGCUGGAUUGCAACUGCCAAAUACUGACAGUUCAUCAGUUGACUUGGCCAUGCCAAAUCUUGAAAGACCUCAAACUGGACUGGAAGGCAACAGCACUUGCAAAGCUCCAGACAUUGCUACAAACUUAAAAGGUGUUAGUAUCCCUGAAAUUGGGUUAAACUUUGAUGGGGGAAAUAUCACUGGUCCAUCCCUUAAUACUGGCAUUCCCCAAGUGAGUAAUGAAGGAACAAACAAAGAUUUCAAAAUGCCAACAUUCAAAAUACCAGACCUGGGCCUUUCUGGACCUCAGUCUCAGUAUUCCAAGAGGCUGAAAAACCCAGAUUUAAAUGUGGAUGAUCCCUACAGUUAUGUUGAAUCACCCAAGCUUAGGUUGUCUGGGAGAUCACCUGACUUAGACCUAGAAAUGCCAGAUAUUAAUGUAUCACAACAUGGUGUAAAUGAAACAGACAUUGACAUGCCUUUAGGUGAUGUUAAAAUGUCACUUAAGAAACCAAAGAGUGACCUAAAAUCUCCAGAUUUAGAUGUGGAUGCUCCAUCUGGUGUAUUCACUUCACCCAAAUUUGGGUUCUCUGGCAAAAGUGAGGCAGGUGUUAAAACACCAGACCUAGGUCUCAAAACGCCAAAGAUGAAAGGUGGAAUUUCUACACCUGAUAUAAAUCUACCCAAAGCUAGCCUAAAAGGACCAAAUUUGACCAGUGACACUCCAUCAGUUGGCAUUGAAGGUCCAUCUGGAAAAUACAAGGCGCCUAAGUUUACAAUGCCCAAAUUUGAUUUACCAGACAUUGAAGUUCCAAGUGUCAUUUCGGGCCCAUCCGGAAAAUUGAAGAAGCCAAACUUAAACUUCCCUAACUUGGGGCUUUCUGGUCCAAAGUUAGAUGGUCCCAACUUGGACCUGAAAUCACCUGACCUAGGUAUCUCUGGUCCCAAUCUCAGUGGUGGAAUAAAGGCACCAGACAUAAACAUGCCCAAGACUGAUCUCAAAACCCCAAAGCUGGACCUCAAUACCUCAAAUUUUGAUUUAAACAUGCCAUCAGGCAAACUGAAAAUGCCAGAUCUUCAUGCUCCAGACUGGGAUGUUAAUGCUCCCUCUGGCAAAUUAAAAAUGCCUAAGUUGAAUCUUUCCGGUACAUUACCAAAAGGGCCAAAUAUGGACCUAAAUGCAGAGCUGAACUCACCAGAUUUGAGUCUGAAAGCUCCAAAGAUGAAAGGUGGAAUUGAUGCCCCUGACUUGGACUUAAGCAUGGACAUGAAAUCUCCCAAGUUAGAUGUCAACACUCCCAGUGUCAACAUUGGCUCACCCAAAGCAAAAUUUAAAAUGCCCAAACUCAAGCUCCCCAAAUUUGAUUUUCCAAGCCUUAAAGGGCCUGAGAUUGAUGGAAACUUAGAUGGUACAGACAUCGAUGUUAAUGCACCCAGUGUCAAUCUCAAAGGUCCUAAAACUGAUCUGGAAAUGCCAGACAUUGAGAUGAAUGGGCUUUCUGGAAAAUUGAAGAAGCCAAACUUAAACUUGCCUAACUUGGGGCUUUCUGGUCCAAAGUUAGAUGGUCCCAACUUAGACCUGAAAUCACCUGACCUAGAUAUCUCUGGUCCCAAUCUCAGUGGUGAAAUAAAGACACCAGACAUAAACAUGCCCAAGAUUGACCUUAAAAGCCCCAAACUAGACCUCAAUACCCCAAAGCUCAGCUUAGAUACCCCAUCAGGUAAACUGAAAAUGCCUGAUCUUCAUGCUCCAGACUGGGAUGUUAAUGCUCCCUCUGGCAAAUUAAAAAUGCCUAAGUUCAAUCUCUCAGGUACAUUACCAAAAGGGCCAAAUAUGGACCUAAAUGUAGAUCUGAACUCACCAGAUUUGAGUCUGAAAGCUCCAAAGAUGAAAGGUGGAAUUGAUGCCCCUGACUUGGACUUACCAAAUGUAGACCUUAAAGCUCCUAAGUUUAAUGUGAAUCCUCCCGAUGUCAACAUUGGCUCACCAAAAGCAAAGCUGAAAUUUCCCAAAAUGAAAAUGCCUAAAUUUAGCUUACCAAGCUUGAAAGGACCUGAAAUUGGUGGCAACUUAGAUGCCCCAGAUAUAGAUAUAAAUGCACCCAAUGUCAACCUCAAAGGUCCGAAUGCUGAUGUAGAUGUAGACGUUUCCGCGCCAUCCGCAAAACUGAAGAAGCCAAACUUAAACUGGCCUAACUUGGGACUUUCUGGUCCAAAGUUAGAUGGUCCCAACUUAGACCUGAAAUCACCUGACCUAGGUAUCUCUGGUCCCAAUCUCAGUGGUGGAAUAAAGACACCAGACAUUAACAUGCCCAAGAUUGACCUUAAAAGCCCCAAACUGGACCUCAAUACCCCAAAGCUCAGUUUAGAUACCCCAUCAGGUAAACUGAAAAUGCCUGAUCUUCAUGCUCCAGACUGGGAUGUUAAUGCUCCUUCUGGCAAAUUAAAGAUGCCUAAGUUCAAUCUCUCAGAUACAUUACCAAAAGGGCCUAAUAUGGACCUAAAUGCAGAUCUGAACUCACCAGAUUUGAGUCUGAAAGCUCCAAAGAUGAAAGGUGGAAUUGAUGCCCCUGACUUGGACUUACCAAAUGUAGACCUUAAAGCUCCUAAGUUUGAUGUGAAUCCUCCCGAUGUCAACAUUGGCUCUCCAAAAGCAAAGCUGAAAUUUCCCAAAAUGAAAAUGCCUAAAUUUAGCUUACCAAGCUUGAAAGGACCUGAAAUUGGUGGCAACUUAGCUGGCCCAGAUAUAGAUAUAAAUGCACCCAAUGUCAAUCUCAAAGGUCCUAAUGCUGAUCUAGAUGUAGACGUUUCCGUGCCAUCCGGAAAAUUGAAAAAGCCAAACUUAAACUGGCCUAACUUGGGACUUUCUGGUCCAAAGUUAGAUGGUCCCAACUUAGACCUGAAAUCACCUGACCUAGAUAUCUCUGGUCCCAAUCUGAGUGGUGGAAUGAAGACACCAGACAUUAACAUGCCCAAGCUUGACCUCAAAGCCCCAAAACUGGACCUCAAUACCCCAAAGCUCAACUUAGAUACCCCAUCAGGUAAACUGAAAAUGCCUGAUCUUCAUGCUCCAGACUGGGAUGUUAAUACCCCUUCGGGCAAAUUAAAAAUGCCUAAGUUCAAUCUCUCAGGUACAUUACCAAAAGGGCCAAAUAUGGACCUAAAUGCAGAUCUGAACUCACCAGAUUUGAGUCUGAAAGCUCCAAAGAUGAAAGGUGGAAUUGAUGCCCCUGACUUGGACUUAAACAUGGGCAUGAAAUCUCCCAAGUUAGAUGUCAACACUCCCAAUGUCAACAUUGGCUCACCCAAAGCAAAAUUUAAAAUGCCCAAACUCAAGCUCCCCAAAUUUGGUUUUCCAAGCCUUAAAGGGCCUGAGAUUGAUGGAAACUUAGAUGGUACAGACAUCGAUGUUAAUGCACCCAGUGUCAAUCUCAAGGGUCCUAAAACUGAUCUGGAAAUGCCAGACAUUGAGAUGAAUGGGCUUUCUGGAAAAUUGAAGAAGCCAAACUUAAACUGGCCUAACUUGGGGCUUUCUGGUCCAAAGUUAGAUGGUCCCAACUUAGACCUGAAAUCACCUGACCUAGGUAUCUCUGGUCCCAAUCUCAGUGGUGGAAUAAAGACACCAGACAUAAACAUGCCCAAGAUUGACCUUAAAAGCCCCAAACUAGACCUCAGUGCCCCAAAGCUCAGUUUAGAUACCCCAUCAAGUAAACUGAAAAUGCCUGAUCUUCAUGCUCCAGACUGGGAUGUUAAUGCUCCUUCUGGCAAAUUAAAAAUGCCUAAGUUCAAUCUCUCAGGUACAUUACCAAAAGGGCCAAAUAUGGACCUAAAUGCAGAUCUGAACUCACCAGAUUUGAGUCUGAAAGCUCCAAAGAUAAAGGGUGGAAUUGAUGCCCCUGACUUGGACUUACCAAAUGUAGACCUUAAAGCUCCUAAGUUUGAUGUGAAUCCUCCCGAUGUCAACACUGGCUCACCGAAAGCAAAGCUGAAAAUGCCAAAACUGAAAAUGCCUAAAGUGAACCUACCAAGCCUAAAAGGACCUGAAAUUGAUGGCUACUUAGAUGGCCCAGAUGUUGACAUCAAUGCACCAAGCCUUAACCUCAAAAACUCUAAAACCGGCUUUGAAAUGCCAGAUGUUGGAUUUGGCAGCCCAUCUGGGAAAUUUAAAACACCACAUCUAAAACUGCCUGAUGUGGGAUUUUCUCCUCCAAAGUUAGAUGGCCCAAAUAUUGAUCUCAGGUCACCAGAUCUUAAUGUCAACUUACCAAAAGCACCAAAUCUGAAAUUAAAUUCAGACCUAAACACUCCAGAGUUAAAUCUCAAAGUCCCAAAGAAGAAAGGUGGACUUGAUUCGCCCAAGCUGGGCUUACCAAACGUAGACAUCAAAGCUCCUACGUUAGAUAUGAACACUACAGAUACCAGCAUUGGUUUCCCUGAUGUAAACUUCAAAAAGCCCAAAAUCAAGAUCCCAAAAGGCCCCAAUGUUGACAUAAAUACGGACCUACAAGGGCCGGACCUGAAUAUUCCAAAUUUAGAUGUUAAUGGUCCAAAAGGAAAAUUAAAAAUGCCAAGUUUAAAUGCACCAGACCUUCGUCUCUCUGGACCUAAGGCAAGAACACCAGACAUGGAUCUUUCAGGACCUAAACUGAAAGGCCCUGGCAUAAAUAUGCCAGAUUUAGAUUUACCUGAUACCAGUUUCAAGGGUCCUAAGCUGGACCUCAAUGCAAAACAUCCUGACCUAGGAAUAAAUGGUAACAUGGGACGACCUGACCUGAACUUUACUGGUCCUCAAUUGAAAGGAGGCGUAAGAGGUCCAAACUUUGACAUGAAUGCUCCCUUGGGAAACAUCCACGGUACUCAGACUGACCUUGAAUUUGCAGACAGAAAAUUUAAACUCCCAUCUUUCAAGAUGCCUCAGUUUGGAAGCCCAGAUCUUAGUAGAGCAGGCUCUGAUAUUGACUUUGGUGCAUCUCUGAGACCAACAAAUCUGGAUAUUUCUCCUCCAAAUGCAAAGUUAAAUAUGAAACCAGCAGAGUUAAAGGGAAAUGUCACAGGUCCAAAGGUUAGUGCUCCACACGUGGACAUCAACAUGCCAAAAGGUGCAAUGCGCAAUCCCCAGCUGCAUUUGAAGUACCCAGAUCUUCACAUUGAUGAUCCUUCACUGAAUUUCAAAGGGCCUUCAUAUAGGAAUCGCAGAUCAGAUAUGACAGGUGUAAACAUGAAAAUGCCUGACCUGGACGUAGAUGCAGAUGUCAGACUUUGGCACACUGAUGGAAGGUCACCUAGAACCAAAGGAAGGUCCAGCUAUCCUGUGGUGAAUGAUGCUUUCGGCCACCAUAUUGAUUUACAUCGUUCAGAUCUCAACAUUGAUGAUUUCACAGGAAAAGAUCAUGUGCUAAGAGCCAGGGGUUCGAAACUGAACCUCCACGCACCGCACAACUAUGGACAGGUGAUUUCCCCAUCAGGUGUAAGGAUUGACAUGAGGGACCCCAGAAACACCAGAAGAAUCCCAGCCAAUCUUAUUAACCCCAAUGCACGUUUACCACAUUUUUCUCAAGAGUCCAGCAUAAGAAUACCUGACAGUUCAGACGGAUAUUAUGUCACUGUUUUUCCUACGCAGACACAAAAUCACAAAAUGCCAAACCGUAAAUAUAACACACUAGGAGGUCUCGACUUUCAUCCAAGAAACUUGGACCUUGAAGUUCCAGAUGAAAAUGACCUAAAAGGAUCAACAUUCUUUUUCUCCAACCUCGUAUAGCUUUCAAAGCACUUGUGUAACCAUUUUAGUGGGCUUUUUUUUAAAUUGCAUUUCUUUUUUGCAUUUAUUUAUUGCAACUCGAACUGUUGCAUUAUGUUGCAUGAUUUAUGAUUCUUAUGAAAUGUUGCUGUCUGUCUCAUUUUGUUUCUUGUACAUAUUACCUCUCCUGUAACUUCGCGAUGAUGCAAAUUGUCAUUAGAAUUUGACAUUCUUGUACUGGUUUUAUGAAGUAUAAUAUUCAACCUUUUUAACAUUGUGUAACAAUGAAUAUUCAUACUAUGCAGUUCUUGUUUAAAAAGAAGGUAUUUUUGUAUUCACAUUGAACUAAAACAACCUGAUUUUGUUAUAUCACCCUGGAGCUCUAAAUGUUCUGGCUUUACUACUGAUGUUUAAACUCAAGGAGGAAAUCUGCAGAUUUAAGGAUUUUAUUACUAUUUUUUUAUUUUUUAUUGGUUGAUAUUACAAGAUUAUUAUCAGUUGAAUGGUAAAAUAUCCAAAGAUGUUGAUAGUUUUCAUAUCUGUUGUUCUUUUGAAUAUACUUUGCAUUUUAGAUUCUUUGAGAUGUGUAUACUUGAAUUUAUCAAUGUGUUGUAACCAUUUUUUGCUUCCAGCAUGUAAUGAAUUGAUACCAUAAUUUUUCAGGCUAAGCAGUAUAUCAGACUAUAUCAACUCAUUUAGGCCAUUUUAAAGGUGGCCAUAAAACAGUUAAAUUCAUUUACAAUGGAAAACACCUUUGUCAUAUCGUUCUUGUUAUGAGUGACAUCAAAACUAUCUGUAUUUAUUAAAACAUUAGUAUGGGACCAGCGAAAA